AUGCAUACGGGCGAGAACAAGAUGCAUACGGGCGAGAACAAGAUGCAUACGGACGAGAACAAGAUGCAUACGGGCGAGAACAAGAUGCAUACGGACGAGAACAAGAUGCAUACGGGCGAGAACAAGAUGCAUACGGGCGAGAACAAGAUGCAUACGGGCGAGAACAAGAUGCAUACGGGCGAGAACAAGAUGCAGACGGGCGAGAACAAGAUGCAUACGGGCGAGAACAAGAUGCAGACGGGCGAGAACAAGAUGCAGACGGGCGAGAACAAGAUGCAGACGGGCGAGAACAAGAUGCAGACGGGCGAGAACAAGAUGCAGACGGGCGAGAACAAGAUGCAUACGGGCGAGAACAAGAUGCAGACUGGCGAGAACAAGAUGCAGACGGGCGAGAACAAGAUGCAGACGGGCGAGAACAAGAUGCAUACGGGCGAGAACAAGAUGCAUACGGGCGAGAACAAGAUGCAGACUGGCGAGAACAAGAUGCAGACGGGCGACAGAGACCACAGAUGCAGACGGGGCGAGAACAAGAUGCAGACGGGCGGAGAACAAGAUGCAUACGGGCGAGAACAAGAUGCAUACGGCGAGAACAAGAUGCAGACGGGCGAGAACAAGAUGCAGACGGGCGAGAACAAGAUGCAUACGGGCGAGAACAAGAUGCAUACGGGCGAGAACAAGAUGCAUACGGGCGAGAACAAGAUGCAGACGGGCGAUAACAAGAUGCAGACGGGCGAGAACAAGAUGCAGACGGGCGAGAACAAGAUGCAGACGGGCGAGAACAAGAUGCAACGGGCGAGAACAAGAUGCAUACGGCAGACAGUGCGACGGCGAGAACAAGAUGCAACGGGCGAGAACAGAUGCAGACGGGCGAGAACAAGAUGCACGCGAGACAGAUACGGCGAGAACAAGAUGAGACGCGAGACAGAUGCAGAGGCAGAAAAGAUGCAGACGGGCGAGAACAAGAUGCAUAGGGCGAGAACAGAUGAAAACGGCGAGAACAAGUGCAUCGGCGAGAAAUGCAACGGGCGAGAACAAGAUGCAAUGAUACGGGCGAGCAAGCAAGAGAUGCAGACGGGCGAGAACAAGAUGCAGACGGGCGAUAACAAGAUGCAGACGGGCGAGAACAAGAUGCAGACGGGCGAGAACAAGAUGCAGACGGGCGAGAACAAGAUGCAGACGGUUCACCUGCGCAGGGCAUCACGCUGA